AUGUCGAUGAUCGAUGAUUUACUACAGAUCUGCACAUUCAGAGUCAGUGACAAUAACCUCAGCACAUCUGUUGAGUUCAACAGGGCCUCGAGGUUGGGCUCAGUAACAGGGUUUGGCCACCACGGGAUAUUUAAGAGAAAUAGGAUUAAUCUAAAUAUCUGCAAAAAAUGGAGAACAAAACUUGAUCCCAAUUUUCUCAACACACAAGUUCCGAUAUUAGUUAAUUAUUUUAUUCAGAUUAUUGAGGAGAAGUAUGAGAAUUCUCGAUUAAAUCGGGAUACAAGAGAGACCAGAGGGACAAGAGAGGCAAAACAAUCCAAGGAGAAACGGGAAAAUAAAGAGACAAGAGAAUUAAAACCUAAGGAUAUUCUUGAAUUGUUACCAUGUGUGGAGAGGUUAAGAGCGGCGGAGGGUUCUGUCAUUAGUGGAGGGCGAUCAGAGGCCGGGGAAAAUAUUUCUGACAGAGAAUCUGUUAACUCCGGGGUCGUCACGCGAAACCUGAGGAACAAAGGGAGAAAAGCCACGAAGGUUUCAAGAGGAAAUAUUAAAAAAGUUGGACUAAGCACCAGAUCUAGCAAGGGCCGAGGGAGGAGAAGUGUUGCGAAGAAGAAACCUAUAAAAAGUUUAAAUACUGUUCCAACCCCCGUCACCUCGGACAAAAUAUACUACAAGGGUGAGUUCUUUAUGGUCGGAGAUAUAGUUUCGGUCACAGAUAUUUCAGACGAUAUUUUUUAUGCUCAGCUUAGAGGGUUUCUCACGGACGAGUAUGGAGAGAAGAGCGGAGUUAUCAGUUGGCUGCUUCCCACUACAGGAAGUCCACCACCUAAUGAGGGGUUUCACCCUGCAACUUAUAUUAUUGGGCCGGAGGAAGAUAUCCCAAGAAGAAUGGAGGUUUUCAGUUUUGUAAUGCGUGCACCUUCAGACUAUUUCUACAAUAGACACUCACCUUACAGGACUGCGACUCUACCCGGGACGAGUAAAAAUGGGUUUACCAGCCUGCGACUAGGACCUAGAAUAGUCCGGACUAAUGAUAACAAAACUGUAUAUGUGGGCAUUUAAGCUUGACUUUAAGUAUUAUUUCAGAAACUACAGGGCGAGUAAUAAAAUAGGCUGAACCAUGUAGAUUGUAGAACUAGUUGAACAGUGUAAGUUUGAAGAAUGAUUUUAUUCCGAACAUAAUGUUGUUAAAUUUAACUGUACAUAGAAUCUAUUUCUUUAUGAAGCGAAACUGAUCUGAGAUCCUAGAUGCAGAUAUAAAUUAAUUAAUUUUUUUUCAAUGUAUCAUUUAUUAUCUUUUAAAUUCAAAAUUACGCUUCAUGAUAUGCUGGCUCAGAAUUUUUAAAGUUCUCAGUUCUAGCAAAAGUUGGAUCCGGAUCCUAUGCACUGCUUUAAAACUUUGUGGUUUUUGAAAUGGAAAUAUGAAUUUUUAAUUUGUGCAUUUAUACUCUCAUCUUGUUGUUUGUGUAGAACUGUAGAUAAUAUAGAAACUUUAAAUAAUAAAUCAGCUAGAUAUUGUUA